AUGCCUUUUCCCGGAGUAAUAGUGCCUACAUACUUCACUUACCGAGCCACCGGGAGUUUCCUGUCAAUGAAAUCGAAUGGAUCUGAUACACAUUUUCCUACAUCACUGAGAUUUAAAGCUUGUGUCUUGCUGGUUCCGAAGGGUGGCGUUGAGGCUGAUGAUAUGAUGAAUGGUGCCAUUGUCGUCUGUGGAUUACUUACUUAUAUUUGGAUCGAAUCCUCUCUAAUUUCGAAGGAGCAAUUCGAAAAAACUGUGAGUUCCACGGAAUUAGUCUUUGAGUUCGAAGUCAGCAAUCCAGAAUGUGAGAUUAAAGAAUGCGGGCUACGUACUCCAGAGACCUAUGCUCCUUCGUGUUGA